UAUCCUCCGACUUCCUGGGAACAGUGUUAUUACCUUCUGGGUUUUAGAAGCCAUUGCUUUAAAUCUGUGAAAAGGAAAUUCCCGGAAAGAUAAGAUGACUUGCCCAAGGUCAUAGCGUGCGUGGAAAACAGCUCCGAUUACAAGCCUGGUCGCUGUGCCUCAUUCAUCUUGUCAUCAACUCCUGUCAGUUUAUUCAAGCUCCAAAAGCGAAGUUGUUUUAUCUUUUGCCUCCCAAUAUUUAUUUAAUAGUCGCGUUUCUGUUUCCUUCAUUCUUUAGUUCAUUACUGAAAAACUUUACAGCGUGCCAGUACUGAUUAUAAACCCCAAGUAAGAGCCUUGCCAUCACGGAGCGUGUAGUUCCAGCAAGUAGACACCUCAAGGGCUGUGUAGUGAAGUAAUUGCUGAUAGUGUACGGAAGCACAGAGUACACUAUUCAUCCAACAAGUAAUUGCUGGCGGAGCAAAUAGGGACACCUAACCAUCGCAGGGACGUCUCAGGAUAUCCUUUCUGGAAGAAAAAUCUGAUGAAAUCUGAAGGACCACUGGUUGAAGUUAGCCAGGAAAGAAAAGGUGUUGCGGCAUACUUGGUUUUGCUAUGUAUCCUCCGAGUACUUUAUUGUUAUGAAAGCCUAAUUCCACUGUAUAAAUUCCAUGCAUAACACUCAGAAGCCAGUUUGGUUAAGUACAGUGUUGAAGCAGGACAAAAAAUAAUAUCCAAAGAUAUUUUGGCACUAACGGCGCAAUCUGUAGCAAGGAAGUUGAGCAGUCUGGACUGUUGAGACUUCCAAGGAGACUUCAGAGAACCAAGACAGUGUAAAGGAAAACAGGAAAAAAGACUUGUUAGGCUUUAUUAAGGGCUCGAAAGUUGAAUUGAGCACAGUAAAUGUACAAACAACAAAGCCACCCAGCAGAAGUCCACUUAAAAGCUACAACUGGCGGGCCUCAAAGAGCUGCAGAACAUGCUCCAAAGAAGAGAAAUGAGCCCCUGAGUCUUGAGUUGGUGGCAGCUGCAUCUGCUGCCCUCUUUUGACAAACAAGCCAGAGCUGCUCAGGCAGCUCCGUAGCAUGAGGAAGAGUCGGGCACAGAGAGGUGGAGAAAGACCUAAAAUUAGUUUCAGUAACAAAAUAUCAGAUACGAAAAUUGCUAGAUGUGCUACAACUAGAGUUAAUAUUAAGACCAGAGCAUCAGAUUCAGUUUGACCAAGUCUUUGACAAUUAUCCUGACCAGGAGAAGACCGCUGAUCUUAGAAACAGACACAUCACCUUCACUUUGGGAUAUGGAAUUUGAUAAGCAGUUAGCCACAGAAUAUGAACAACCCCUUUAAAAUGAGAUUGCAGUGCUGAUCCAGUGGAUAAAAGAGGGGAAACUGAGAGUUCCCGAUUGACAAUGAAGCAGAAGUUUCCCCCUUGGGCGGUAGUGGAGGUGGUAACCGCGAUAGUAGCAACUCCGGCGGCAGCAACAGUGACUACGAGGGAUGGCGGCGGCUGCAGCAGGAACUGCAACAUCCCAGAGGUUUUUGCAGAGCUUCUCGGAUGCCCUAAUCGACGAGGACCCCCAGGCGGCGUUAGAGGAGCUGACUAAGGCUUUGGAAGAGAAACCAGAUGAUGCACAGUAUUAUUGUCAAAGAGCUUAUUGUCACAUUCUUCUUGGGAAUUAUUGUGUUGCUGUUGCUGAUGCAAAGAAGUCUCUCAUACUCAAUCCAAAUAAUUCCACUGCUCUGUUGAGAAAAGGAAUAUGUGAAUACCAUGAAAAAAACUAUGCUGCUGCCCUAGAAACUUUUACAGAAGGACAAAAGUUAGAUAGUGCAGAUGCUAAUUUCAGUGUCUGGAUUAAAAGGUGUCAAGAAGCUCAGAAUGGCUCAGAAUCUGAGGUGUGGACUCACCAGUCAAAAAUCAAGUAUGACUGGUAUCAAACCGAAUCUCAAGUAGUUAUUACACUUAUGAUCAAGAAUGUUCAGAAGAAUGAUGUAAAUGUGGAAUUUUCAGAAAAAGAGUUGUCUGCUUUGGUUAAACUUCCUUCUGGAGAGGAUUACAAUUUGAAACUGGAACUUCUUCAUCCUAUAAUACCAGAACAGAGCACGUUUAAAGUACUUUCAACAAAGAUUGAAAUUAAACUGAAAAAGCCAGAGGCUGUGAGAUGGGAAAAGCUAGAGGGGCAAGGAGAUGUGCCUACGCCAAAACAAUUCGUAGCAGAUGUAAAGAACCUAUAUCCAUCAUCAUCUCCUUAUACAAGAAAUUGGGAUAAAUUGGUUGGUGAGAUCAAAGAAGAAGAAAAGAAUGAAAAGUUGGAGGGAGAUGCAGCUUUAAACAGAUUAUUUCAGCAGAUCUAUUCAGAUGGUUCUGAUGAAGUGAAACGUGCCAUGAACAAAUCCUUUAUGGAGUCGGGUGGUACAGUUUUGAGUACCAACUGGUCUGAUGUAGGUAAAAGGAAAGUUGAAAUCAACCCUCCUGAUGAUAUGGAAUGGAAAAAGUACUAAAUAAAUUAAUUUGCUCUCACUGUAUUAUGUAUAUUCACCUAAUGCCCGUUGUGUAUUGAUAUUGCAUUCUUGAAUUUUGAACACUGAAUAUCUUUUUGAAAGAUUAUACCUCUUUACCUCUUUGUGCUUUAGAAAUUAUUUUCCUUCAAGUGUUCAAGUCUAAUGAAGAAUGAAGAUAACAUUUUAUCACUUCUGUCCUUAAAGAUUUCAGACAUGGUGAAACUGAAUAAAGCGUAUCACUUGCUCCUAGAUAGAUUCAUUCUAUCUAGUUGUGGGGAUGGAGAAAUCUUUAAUGGUAUAUUUUGGGUUAUUGCCUUAUUUUUGAUGCAGUAUUCUGUCAGUAAUUUAUUAGAUCUGGCAGCUUUGGGUGAGCAUAGAUUUUUCGCCUUCAGUGUUACAUUGUGUUUGCUUUUAAAAACUGCUUUUGAAUGGAGUUGUAAAUACAAUUUUUCUAUGAA